GAGGGGGGUAGCGAGUGUUUGUGUGUGCAGGCAGAGGCAGUGGUCAAGUUGCCUGAAGGAGGACUUGGAAGGACACUCCGUCUACCCACACACGAUACACACAUGCACAAACAUAUCAGACACAGAUACAUACACAUUCGCGCAACCCACACACAAAGUUUUACACCUACCUGUUCUUGGAGACCCAGUGUCUCUGUGGGAACGAUUCAGGGACAUCAUUAGGUGUGAUGUGUCCGUCCGGAUCCUUUGAGCAGAAUGGUGAAAUGUUUUGACGGUUAAAUCCAAUAUAAUGGAAGUUUUUUCCCAGAAAAUAAGGCAAAUGUCAAAGUUAUUUUGACCUAUGAAAGUUAUUUUUUGUGUGUUUGUGUGUGUGUGUGUGUGUGUGUGUGUGUGUGUGUGUAUCUUUGUCUGUGCCAAUCUUCCUGUGUUUCUGUGUCUAUAUGUGUGUGUGUGUGUGUGUGUGUGUGUGUGUGUGUGUGUGUGUGUGUGUGUGUGUGUGUGUGUGUGUGUGUGUGCAUGUGUGUGUGUGUGUGUGUGUGUGCAUGUGUGUGUGUGUGUGUGCGUUUGUGCGUCCCUUAGCUACUGGAGGUGCGCAUGCAGUACGACGUGAACGACAUGGACUCCCCUGAGAUGGGUGGCGGGGACCAGACGCCGGCCCUGGCCACCCCGGGGGCCUCCCCCCAGACCAGCGGACCCCCGUCACACCCCUCCACCAGCAGCAACAACUCUGACGGAGGCAACAUGCCCUGCCUUAAGGUGCGCAGUGCUCCUCUGAAGCAGUCUCCUGGGUACCAGGUGGACCUGGUGGUCCAGCUGGUCUGGGUGAGCGGAGAGCCCCCCCAGCAGAUCACCAGUCUGGCCCUCAACUCCUCCUAUGGCCUUGUGGUGUUUGGCAACAGCAACGGGCUGGCGGUGGUGGACUACGUGCAGAGGUCGGUGCUGCUGAACCUGGGCACCGUGGAGCUGUACGGCUCCAACGACCCCUACCAGAGGCAGCUGCGCUCGCCCCGCAAGGCGCGCCAGCCCUCCGGAGGUCUGUGCGACAUCAACGAGGGAUCGGCAACGUCAGAAGACCGCUGCAAGUCUCCAACCUCAGUGUUGAUGUCAAACAGCAAUCUACAGCAGUUCUACAAUGGCGGUGGUAGAGGAGCAAAGAUGUCACGGAAAUUAAGCUUGCCAACUGAGCUAAAGCCAGACUUGGUCCUCCUGUCCGUAUGUCCGCCGCGGGGCGCCAACCCUCUAGACCACCGGGACAACUCCUUCAGCCGCUCGCGCUCCUCCAGCGUCACCAGCAUCGACAAGGAGUCGCGCGAGUCCAUCUCCUCCUUCCACUUCUGCGACACCUACGUCCGCAAGGGCGACUGCGCCUUGACGCCCUGCCUGUACGUGGGCACCUCCCUCGGCACCGUGCUGGCCGUGGCGCUCACGCUACCCCCCGCUGGCGAACAGAGGCAACUGCAGCCCGUCAUCGCCUCGCCCAGCGGGAUGCUGGAGCGAGUGAAGGGCAGCAUCAUGCGCAUGGCGUUCCUUGACUCGACGGGCAUGCUACUGCCCCCGCCCCAUGAGCCCUGGUUCGAGCCCAACUUGACGGCGUCAGACGGCGAGGAGAAGGGCCGCAAGCGGCGUCCGGUGUCGGUGUCGCCGUCGGCCUCGCAGGACCUGAACGAGAGCCAGUACGCCGUGGUGUGCUCGGAGAAGCAGGCCAAGGUGCUGUCGCUGCCGUCGCAGAACUGCGUGCACAAGCACAGCAUCACGGAGGCCUCCUUCAUCCUGCGCGCCGACGUGGUGCAGAUGAGCAACAGCGUGUGCCUGGCGGUCUUCUGCGCCAACGGACACAUCAUGACCCUCAGUCUGCCCGGCCUGAGGCCCCUGCUGGACGUCAACUACCUGCCCCUGACCGACAUGCGCAUCGCUAGGACCUUCUGCUUCACCAACCUGGGCCAGGCCAUGUACCUCACCUCCCCCACCGAGAUCCAGAGGAUCACCUACAGCCAGGACACCUGCGAGAACCUGCAGGAGAUGUUAGGUGAGCUCUUCACACCCGUGGAGACACCAGAGGCCCCCAACAGAGGCUUCUUUAAAGGGCUCUUUGGAGGCGGCGCACAGUCUCUGGACCGGGAGGAACUAUUCGGAGAGAUUUCGUCCGGGAAGGCCUCCAGGAGCCUGGCCCAGCACAUCCCGGGGCCCGGGGGCCUGGAGGGCAUGAAGGGCGCAGCCUCGGGCAUCGUGGGCGACCUGGCCCGGGCCAGGAUAGCCCUGGACGAGCGAGGACAGAAGCUGGGCGAGCUAGAGGAGAGGACGGCGCUCAUGAUGAACAGCGCCGACGGCUUCUCCAAACACGCCCACGAGAUGAUGCUGAAGUGCAAAGACAAGAAGUGGUACCAGAUCUGAUGUGCCAGAAGAUGGUGGGGGCAGGGGGGAGGAGGGGGGGGGGGGGAGCAGAAAACCAUGGACACAACUGUUAUCACCUUCCAUCUGCACCCAACCCCCCACCCCCUAUGUGGGGUGUGGACGUGAGGGUACUCACCUCCAAACUCUUUCUCUUUCUCUGUCUCCCUUUCCCUCUUUCUUUGCUGUAUCUCUCCACCCCAUUCAUAUGACCCUCAACCCUAAACUCUCAUCUCUCUCACCCCCCGGGGGAUUUUGUUUGUCUCUCUCUCACUCUCUCUCUCUCUUUCUCGCGCUCUCUCUCUUACACUCUCUCUCUCUCUCUCGCUCUCUCUAACCCUUAGCACAACACCCAUUGCAGGCCCCUUGCCUCAUUAUUGGGAUGGGACUGACGAAUGGACAAGACAGAGGAGGUGGAUAAUCCUCAAGAGGAAACAAGCAGUGGAACGAUUUUGUCUUUUCUUUUUCAUGUGAGUAGAUUCGGGGACAUUUGUUCCGCCUUCGUUUUAGAGUUUGCCGAGAUGACCUGGGUUCGGAUGAAUCUCGACCUGGUCCUGUUGCUGGUGUACAUGAACAACAGUUGUUUGUUUUUGUUUGUUUUUUUGGCGGGGGGCAGGUGUUCCAAAAAAUACUAAUGACAACUACAACAUUCUGGAAAUGUACCAUGGAGUGAAAAGACUAAUCUAUAUACAUGACUAUAUCUACAUGAAUCUAUAACAUUGCGCAACGCUGUGUCCACGUACAACCGGGUUGGGACAAACGACUGAGAUGGCUUGAGGAAAUGAAGUGAAAAGGAGAUACAGGGUGAGAAGAAAAGGCCCGCCCUCCCAGCAAGCGCUAUUGGAGACAGGAAAAGGAAGUGAUGUCACAGGGACUACUUCUCAAUACAGGGUGUCGCAGAGAAAGAAGGAAGAUUCGCUCCACUGAAACAUUGGUUAGCUUGUAAUUUUGCUCAAUCCUCUAAGCUCUUGUGUAUCGCAAAGUUUUUCACGUGAUUUUCAUAACAGUUGUAUUCUUUCCCCCAUUACAUGUUGGUUGGUGAUAUCUUUUUUUGUCUGUAUUAUUUAAAAAGAAACAAAAUCAUAUUUUUAAUAUUAUUGUAAAAGUGAAUGAUAUAUAUACAUAUAUAUGUAUAUGUGUGUAUAUAUAUAUAUAUAUAUAUAUACAUACAUAUAUAUAUAUAUCUAAGUAUAUAUAUACAUAUGUGUGUUUGUAUUUUUUAUGUUUUGUCAAAACAUUCUUAAGUAAUUUCUCAUGAAAAGGGCUGGAAAAAGUAGUAUAUGGAUAUAAAAGACAUAUGUAUCUCUUAAGUGCACGGCAACAUCUGAUCUCCGGAUUUAAACAUAAAAGUUGAGGCAAGGUCACAUGAGCCAUAUACGGUUCCUUGUAUAAAUGAGAUUUAUUUAUGAACUGAUUAAAUAGAUAUCUAUAUAAUAUAUAUUGCCUCCAUCACCCUUAUGCCAUAAGCUUCCACUGUGUGGCAUGGUGUGAACACAAGUCUAUGUAUGUAGAUGCUGACACAAGCACAGUGUUGACUACACGGAAAGUCCAAAUUAGAUAUUUUGGGUUGUAUGGGAGUUUUAUGAUGGUUUAUGAUGGGAGUCCACACCAGUACAGAGAUUAUAUAACAUGUGCAAAUGGGAAGAUAACCUAUUUGUGUGUGUGUGUGUGUGUGUGUGUGUGUGUGUGUGUGUGUGUGUGUGUGUGUGUGUGUGUGUGUGUGUGUGUGUGUGUGUGUGUGUGUGUGUAUACAGAAGUGUUAUUCACACAGAUGAAUUGUCCUUCAAAGGCAUCCAUAUUGAAACUGAUUUUUCUGAUGUUUUUUCUUCUCUGCCCAUUGACUGUGUGAGUGGUCCUUUGAAAGUGUUUUUAUGGUGCAAAGCAAAUCUGUGUGAUUAAUAUGUUUGUUUUGUUUUCAUUUUCUCAUAUUGGUAGAAAAAAAGCUCAAAAUGUCGUGUCUCUCUCCAUGUCUAACGGGCCUAUACCUUUUUCCUGUACAUAGGUAAAUAAUUUGACAAUCUUAAGACCAACUGGAAAGUACACUGCAAGGUUGCUGAAGCAACACCAGAGGGGGACAAUGGCCAUAUUCUUUCUGACGCCAAAGACUUUCGUUAGCUUCUGUUCCAUUCUGCCGAAACUUUCCACUUCCAUCCCUCCCUACUCCAGACAGUAUAUUUUACUAUCCUAUCGCUCGAUUCAACGAUAUUUAUGAUGUUUUUAUAUUUUGUGAACAUCUUAUUCAUCUGCAUUAUGACUAGUAGGCCAAGGUGUGCUGUUGGCAAAUAUCUGGACUCAAUGCUGUUGUAAGAGUGCAUUCAAUGUACAAUUGUUUCACAGCGUUCCCAGGGCUGUCCACAUCGUCCAUGGGUAUAAAGUUACUCUGUUCUGGCUCUGACCAUUCAGAGAAGCGGCCCUUCCAGCGAUAGUUUUAGCCAGGGAUAGACCUACAGCCCCUACAGUAUUUCUGGUGUUCAUCUGGAGUGUUAAAGCCACGUGUUUCCGUUGGCUCGUGUGUCCGUGUGAGCGCGCUACCUCUACUUCUCCGUUAUUUAAAGUGACAGUACAUCCUUUAUUACACCGUUGCGUUUCCUUUUUUAAUUUUACUUUAAAUUGUACUUUUUUUAUUUGUUCUUUUGUUGGAGAUGUGAUGGGUAACGUCGAUGUCCUUUGUCUCUCAAGGGUGUCUCAAGUGUUUAGUCCGAUCUGUUUGUAUCUCGACAAAAAGGAAGAAAAAAAAGAUCAUGAAAAACAACACACGGUUAGGAUAAAGCUAAAAAAAAAGAAAAAAAAACUACGACUUCUGAAUUGCUGUUUUUAAUUGACCUGCCGCAUGUUCCCCCCGCACAUGCUUUAAAACACUGAUUACAUCAUUCAUCGUUAGUUUGUUGUAUGUUUUCUCUUCGUUGGGUUUGUCUCCUCCCUUGGGUCCUUCCCUCAGAAGAAGCUCGUCCUCCGGUGGUUGUACUGCUACAGAUCUGGUCCGGUCUGUGUUUAGUAGGCCUAUGCAUUGUCAGUGUGGAUGUCAAUGUAGGAUAGACCCGCUUUCCCUUCAAGGCAAAGAAGACGGGGACGAAAAAAAUAAUAGAAUAUUAACAAUGAUUUCAGGAAAAACUGCUUUUUUUUCUUGUUCUUGGUGUUUCUUGUCAUGUCUCGUUUCUUCCUUCCCUACGUUGUUCGUUUUCUUUUCUUUUAGGAUUUUGUAUGUUCAGGGUGACUUGUUCGUCAUUCAUUCAUGCCGGUGUGCAGUAGUCCUAUCUGAUAUGAUCUACCAUUUCAUGAAACAACAAGCGGGAGUUCUAUCUAUUUUCCAUUUUCCGAUCCGUUCUGUCCUAUAGAUUCAACCAUUAUCAGUGGGUUGCAGUAUUUUUUCUCAUUGUAGCCAACUUUCUUGUACAGUUUUAUGCAAAUUUCACAUGGAUGUUUAUGACUUUAUCUGCUGCCACAAUAAAACUUAGAAAUUCUGUAGAUAGAAAUUACUGUGCAAUGGAAAAUAAAAGUGGAAAAUGUG